AUGAGCUGCAGCAGCGUUGCGGGUUCAGAGUUCUCUGAGGAGGAGCUGGAGCUCGGCGUGCUGGGCCGAGGUGAAGACGAGAGGAGUCCCAAGGCGUCGUUUCAAGACAGCGAGAGUUCAACCAGCAGCCCCAGCGACCCAGAGGAAGGCCAGACCAAGAAGCGCAACAGACCCGUCCGUUCAAAAGCUCGGAGAAUGGCUGCUAAUGUCCGCGAGAGAAAAAGAAUUAUGGACUACAACCAGGCCUUCAACGCCCUCCGUGUUGCUCUGAAUCACGACCUCAGCGGCAAACGGCUUUCCAAGAUCGCCACGCUGCAGAGGGCCAUCAACCGCAUCUCCGCUCUGUCGGUGUUCCUGAGCUCCAACCCUCCCAGCAAGCCCUGCGCCCACCGCGAGUGCAACAGGUCGUCCGUGGGGCCGGCGGCGCUGGGCGCAUCACGCCUGGACCAGACCAGGGUCAGCGUUCCUCGUCUGGAGCAUCAGAGCUUCGUUCCCUGGCACGCGUCCAUCUCUCACCAGAUGCAACCACAACAAGCGCCUCACGUGCACCGGCUGUCCACGGAGCCCCACGUCUACAUGGAUAACGCCGUGUCCUCGUGCCCCCCGUCGCCACACUACCCCUGUUACCCCACUGAGGGACAGCUCUAUGCUUCACAUGGACACUGCGGCAGCCCCCACGACCACCCGCCCAGUCCUCUGCGGUACCCUCAGGUGGGCGAGGGGCUGGGCUACCAGCCGGGCAUGUGGGCCUCCUGCACUCAGGGAUACAUGGACACGUUUGUGGAGCCGUCCGCCGCUCUGGGGCUUCCAUGGCAGGUGAGCUACCUGCAGGAGCCGGAGCACAGCCUCCCUCUGUGCUCUGACAUCCUGUAA